GGCACGCGCAGAUAUCACUCUGUCCCUUUACUCUGUGUCCUGAACGCGCAGACGCAUUACAAUGUCCUCUGCUGUGGCUGCUUUGCCUCCGGCGACUCCCGCAAAAGCCCCCAAGAGGAGAUCCAAGUCUCCGAGGAGGAAGACGGGCCCCACGGUGUCGGACCGGAUCCUGAAGGCCGUGUCCGCGUCCAAGGAGCGCGGCGGCGUCUCCCUGGUCGCCCUGAAGAAAGCGCUGAAGGUGGGAGGAUACGACGUGGUGAAGAACAACGCAAGAAUCCUCGUCGCCGUCAGACGCCUGGUGGCAAACAAGGCACUGGUCCAGGUCAAGGGCACCGGGGCGUCGGGCUCUUUUAAGGUGAACAAGAAGCCCCCCACACCUCGGAAGAAGAGGGUGGUGAAGAAGAAGCCAGGGGCAAAGAAGGCCAAGAAGGCGGCCGUGGGGGCCAGUCCAGCAGCCAAGAAGUCCCCCAAGAAGAAGAGGAGGGCCAAGAGUCCCACGAAAGCCAAGAGGCCGGCUGCGGCCAAGAAGCCCAGGAAGCCGAAGAGCCCCAGAAAGGUCAAACGCAAGGUCACCAAGUCCACCAGGACCCGAGCUGCAGCCAAGAAGUGACCGCUCCUCAGUGAACACUAAAUGAGGCCCACACGCCUGUUCUGGCCGCGUUUAACCCUGUGUGGACUAAAUAUUUGCAUUCAUUUCAAUGAUUCAUUUCAACUUGACUUCGCUAGUGCUAUUUCACUGUUUCUAUAACAGAUAAUAACGAUGUUUUCCCCUAAUUAUCAUAUUCUGCCUGGGUUGUUGGAAAUAAUAAACCUAUUUUUAUUUAAACAGC